UGGAUUUUUUUUAAAGUGAAAAACACCCAUGUGGAAUGUGGAGCUUAAAAAAAAAAGUGAAAAAAAAAAAAAGCCCCACCAAGAUGUUGGGAGUCUCCACGUGACAGCAGCGCCGAGCUUAUAUAGCUAGUUAAAGCGGCCCAAGCAUCAGCACCACUACACUUCAGCUCUUCAUCAGCACAGCACUCUGUAUAGAGCAGAGCAGGCGGAGAGAGAGAGAGAGAGAGAGAGACAUACACACACACACACACUCACGCGCGGCGGCUUCACGAUCGCUAACAAGCUUCAGGUGUUCGACAUAACUGUCGCUCCGUUCUUUCUGUUGUUUUCUCUUUUUUCUUUUUGCGGAGGACCAGAGCCGAAGCGCGUCCCCAUCCAGCCCGCGGAGCAGCACGUGAAGAGCGGGUGUAAGAGCUGCGUCCGAGUGUGUGAUGAGCUGGGUGUAACGGACCGGGGGUUUGCAGUGACAAAACUUUUUCUCUCUAUAUAUAUAUCUAUCUAUCUAUCUAUCUCUCUCUCUCGGCGACAGGGAUGCUCUGUGCCGCAUCUCCACUGUGGAACUUUUGCAACCGGAUCGGAUUUUUGUUCUCUUUCGGUCUCUUUUUUUGUUGCAGGUAGUCGUUAUGUCAUCUCGUGUGUGAGAGAGAGCGAGAGCGUGUGAGUGUCUGCGUGCCACAGCGCGUGUGUGUGUGUGUAUAUCUGUGUGUAGCUCAUAUUAAAGGUAUCAUCCUGUUUUGAGCGUUUUGCCGAACAUGUCGGUCGGCGAUUUGCGCUGCGUUACGACUCAACACUUCCACCAGAAAACGUUGAUGUAUUCUAACCUGCGCUGUGUGCUCUAGAUGACUGUUCUGCUGAGGAGUCCUGCGCUAUAGGCUGUGCCGCACCGCUGUAAGCUUUAUGUCCUUUAUAUCAGCUCAUCGGGACUCUUUCCAUAGGGUAGAGGAUAUAGGGGCUCCCAGCCUAUGAUCGUGCGCUUUUUUUUUUUUUUUUUAAACAAGCGUUAUAAACAUGACAUUAGUCGCUGAUGAGACACUCUUUCCCGUCUGAGGUAUGGACUUCUAAACUUCACGGUCCCCUGUAGGAACAAUCUGUAAGCGACGUCAGAAGCUUAAACACGGACCUUGAGGACUGUGGACGGAAAAGGAGAAAAACUUCAAACUGACUUUGGCACUUCUGACUGAGUCGGGAGAACGAACAGCCGCCCAGAUGCAGUUUCGACUCUUCUCCUUUGCUUUGAUCGUGUUGAACUGCAUGGACUACAGUCACUGUCAGACGCAGGCGCAUCGCUGGAGGAGGAACAAAAGAGCUAGCUAUGUUUACCCAAUCUGCAAAGGCUGCUCGGUGUGUUCGAAGGACAAUGGUUGUAUGACGUGCCAGCCCAAGCUCUUCCUUUUCCUGAGGAGGGAGAGGAUGAGGCAGUACGGCGAGUGUCUCCACGUCUGCCCCUCUGGAUACUACGGCACCCGUGGGCCGGAGAUCAACAUGUGCUCCAGAUGCAGGAUAGAGAACUGUGAGACCUGUUUCAGCAAAGAGCAUUGUACAAAGUGCAAGCCUGGUUUCUACUUGCACAAAACCCGCUGCUAUGAGAAGUGUCCCGAGGGCUUUGCUCCACUGGAUGACAGCAUGGAGUGUGGAGAGGGCUGUGAGGUGGGCCAGUGGAGCGAGUGGGGGACGUGCACCAGGAGAAACAAAACAUGUGGCUUCAAGUGGGGUUUGGAGACUCGCACAAGGCAUAUUGUGAAGAAACCGCCAAGAGACACGAUACCAUGUCCUACGAUUGCUGAGUCCAGGAGGUGCAAAAUGCCUAUGCGACACUGCAGGAAAGGGGGAUCAGGGAAGCACAAGCCCAAAGAUCAGAAGAAGAAGUCCAACAAGCAGAGGCUGCGCUUCCGGGCUCAGAACCACCACAGUGACCACCUGGCCUCACUGAGGGCCAGCCAGUAAAGACUGAGAUUUCCACAUGGAACGAAGAUCAGAAAGCUGCUACCCGCUGCAUCAACACACACACAUACACACACACACACACACACACACACACACACACACACACACACACACACACACACACACACUCAUACAUACAUGUACACACUCAUACACACAAACACAAAUGCAGUUCCUCACAGUCUCUUAAGCUGUACACACACAUUCACACAUGCGCUGUGUAUUUGUACCUCCUGCUGCUUCCGUCGUGCCAGUGCCCCAACGCGUGACCCUUCUCGACGUCAUUGAGCCGUACAGCAGCUGUUUGGUACCUAGUCUGAGCUGGAGGAUGAGGAGAACAGAGCUAAAUGAGGACUGAAGGAGUCAUGAACUUUAAGGUUGGAGGAUGAGCAACGAGCAAGCUAGAGAGAGAGUGAGAGAGAGAGGAAGAGAGAAAGAUCAGGAGGAGUGUGGAUAAAAAUAGGGUGGAUGGGGAGAAUAAUGUCUUGAAAAGAAAGAGACUUGUCUAUAUUUAUGUAAAAUGAUGUGUGCAUUGAUGGAGGCAAAGUGCUCCAUGUAAUGCCUUUUUGGUUGGCUCUGUACAUUUCUGAGAGUAAUCCAAUAUAAUGUGUAGUGGCAAAGUAUUUUAUUCUCGGCACAAGAUGUUUACGUCCAAACUGCUUUAUGCUCUAACUGUAUAUUGUGGAUAAUAAUAAUAAUAAUAAAACAAAAAAUAGGUCGUUCACCUAGCAUGGCCACAAGCUCAUGUGUACAUAGUUGGUGAGUUAAACUAAUGAUAUUAUUAAAAUAAAACAUUACUGUAUUUUCAGUAUUGAGCUCCUUCACCAUUAAAUGUGUUAGUUAAAGGUUAUAAUACCAGCUACGAGAUUUAAGAUUAAAAAAAAGAACAAAAAAGAGAUCAAUAAAACAUAGCCUUCACAUAGCUAUUACAUUUAUAUGGUAUAUAUUUGAUUUAUUUAUUGAUUUUUUUUUUAUUUACUUUUUGUUUUAUUUUUUACUUUUUUGUGUUCGGUGACAGUUUUGUCUCUGUAUCUGUUCCUACUCUGUGCUGAAAUAUUCUUUGAACACUUAUAACAAUACAGAUAUCUCCACCAGUGGAACCAGUCUCUGUCAGAUGUGUCUAAUAACUGUUCUUUAGAAGAACUUUCCAUGCUUUAAGCUUUAAACUGACCCAUAAUAGAGCAGCUGAAAUAUUAUAGGCAAAUGAAUGACCAUGUAUAUAUGAUGUUCUAUUAAAAAUGCAAUUCAUGCCACUUA